GAGGGAGAAGAAGAGACGUAUGUGACUGAUAUGAAGGCAGAAGAUAUAGAGAGAGAAGAAGAGACGUAUGUGACUGAUAUAAAGGCAGAAGAUACAGAGGGAGAAGAAGAGACGUAUGUGACUGAUAUAAAGGCAGAAGAUAUAGAGGAAGAAGAAGAGACGUAUGUGACUGAUAUGAAGGCAGAAGAUACAGAGGGAGAAGAAGAGACGUAUGUGACUGAUAUGAAGGCAGAAGAUACAGAGGGAGAAGAGACGUAUGUGACUGAUAUAAAGGCAGAAGAUACAGAGGGAGAAGAAGAGACGUAUGUGAGGGGUGAUCAGCAGUGUAAGGAGGAGGAGAUCCCUACAGAUAUCAGCACAGCAGAUGGACACACAAGCAGGAAUAUCUCAGAAGGACAUCUAAUGUUAUCCCCGCAUUGUGACAUAAAAGAUAAUGGCAGUAUACAGGAUUCUCCAGGAGAUAACCCCAUUACCCGAAUUAUACAUCCAGCUCUAUCAGCUUAUCCCCCUGAUCCUGGGAAAUGUUCUCCUGAUCACUCUAAAAUUGGUGCAUCUGUUACAGCUCUGACAGUAGAUAUAGAGUUUCCCUGUUCUAUAGAUGCAAAAUGUAUUACACAGAACACAAAGCCUGUUACCCAUCAGCCAGCUGAGAGGCCAUUUCCAUGUUCUGAGUGUGGGAACUGUUUUGCAUACAAAUCAGCUCUUGUUAUACAUCAGAGAAGUCACACAGGUGAGAGGCCAUAUUCCUGUUCUGAGUGUGGGAAAUGUUUCGCACACACAUCAGCUCUUGUUACACAUCAGAGAAGUCACACAGGCGAGAAGCCAUAUUCCUGUUCUGAGUGUGGGAAAUGUUUCUCACAGACAUCACAUCUUGUUACACAUCAGAGAAGUCACACAGGUGAGAAGCCAUAUUCCUGUUCUGAGUGUGGGAAAUGUUUUGCACAGACAUCAGCUCUUGUUACACAUCAGAGAAGUCACACAGGUGAGAACCCGUACUCCUGUUCUGAGUGUGGGAAAUGUUUUGCAUACAAAUCAUAUCUUGUUCCACAUCAGAGAAGUCACACAGGUGAAAAGCCGUAUUCCUGUUCUGAGUGUGGUCAAUGUUUUGCACAGAAAUCACAUCUUGUUAAACAUGAGAGAAGACACACAGGUGAGAAGUCAUUUUCCUGUUCCGAGUGUGGGAAAUGUUUUACACAGAAAUCAGAUCUUGUUCCACAUCAGAGAAGUCACACAGGUGAGAAGCCGUAUUCCUGUUCUGAGUGUGGAAAAUGUUUUGUACGGAAAUCAGUUCUUGUUAGACAUGAGAGAAGUCACACAGGUGAGAAGUAAUUUUCCUGUUCCGAGUGUGGGAAAUGUUUUGCACAGAAAUCAGUUCUUGUUACACAUCAGAGAAGUCACACAGGUGAGAAGCCGUAUUCCUGUUCCGAGUGUGGAAAAUGUUUUGUACGGAAAUCAGUUCUUGUUAAACAUCAGCGAUUUCACAGGUGAGAAGCCAUUUUCAUGCUGAGAGAGAAAUAAAUCCGCUCUUGUUGAACAUAUUAGACAUU